GGCAAAGAAGAGCUCAUCAUACGAAAUGAAGUCUAUCACAGCUUUGUUUUUACUUUUCUGCUUCCUUGUUCCAUCUGCUUUGGCGCAGCUCCGAUUUGGGUUCUACGGCCGGUCAUGCCCUCGUGCGGAAUCUAUCGUUGCUAAUGUUGUUGCCAACCGUUUCCGUCGUGACCGUAGCAUUACUGCAGCAUUGCUUCGUAUGCAGUUUCAUGAUUGCUUUGUCAGGGGUUGUGAUGCUUCCCUGUUGAUCGACCCAAGACCAGGAAGGCCAUCAGAGAAAAGCACCGGACCAAAUGCAAGUGUGAGAGGCUAUGAGGUCAUUGAUGAGAUUAAGAGACAGCUCGAGAUUGCGUGCCCCGGAAUUGUCUCAUGUGCAGACAUUGUAGCCCUAGCCACCAGAGACGCGAUCAAAUUAGCUGGUGGUCCAAGCUUCUUGAUAAAAACAGGAAGACGUGAUGGAUUGAGGUCAAACCCAGCCGAUGUGAACUUGCCCGGACCAACAAUUCCUGUGUCCGCAGCCAUCCAAGCAUUUGCACUUAAAGGCAUGACUGUGGACGAUAUGGUUACACUAAUUGGUGGUGGCCACAGUGUUGGUGUUAUUCAUUGCAGUCUUUUCCAGGAUAGGCUUAAUGACCCUGCCAUGGACCGCUCACUUAACGCUCAAUUGAGGAACACGUGUCGUGCCCCAAAUGACCCAUCGGUGUUCUUGGACCAAAGGACUCCAUUCGUCGUGGAUAACUCAAUCUACGGAGAGAUGCAAAGACAAAGAGGAGUUAUGAGGAUUGAUCAAAACUUGGCUCUCGAUGGAGCAACCCGUGGUAUUGUGUCGAGUUUUGCACAAAACAAUCCACUCUUCAGACAGAGAUUUGCUCAGGCAAUGGAGAAAAUGGGUACCAUUGGAGUCCUUACCGGACGUGCUGGUGAGAUCAGGAGAAACUGCAGAGUCUUCAACAAUGGACGUUGAUUCUUACACUAUCCUUAAUCUAAAGACCAAGAGGAAUCCUAUGUUUGUUUUCUAACAAAUAAUCAAAUCCGGAAGUGUGCUUUUUACCGGUAUCUUGUUUUAUUUUUCCCUUCAAAAAAUUGAUUUGCGUGUUGCAUGAUUUUUAUAUAAUUUUUAAUAUUAAUUUCUUCUUCCGGAUUUGUGGUAUUGUAUGUUGUCAACU